AUGUUAUUAUUAGAUUCCGGAAUUCUUUUAUCCCGAUCACUUGUUCAAAAAAUUGUUGAUACAAUGGAUGACCAUCUCUGGCAAGUUGCUUUUCAAAUCGGAUUGCCAGCAGAUGAAAUUUUGUCAGAAAUUGUUGAAACGUUAGGAAUAAUUGUAAGAGAUCGACAAACAGAUGAAUUUCUAGGUCGAGGGUGGAGAAGUGAAGAGCAUUACAAGAUGUUUUUGAACAAAUCAUUUGACUCCCUUCCAAUUUGUUCAAUUCCUUUCGAGCUUCUACGACCAGGAGCAAGCCAACUUGGAUUGUGCUCGCCUCGCAUUACACAAGUUAAUGAUAUGUCUGUCUGGUCUGCAUUAAACUACCAAUCAAAAGAAGAUUUCUUGAAUACAGCAGAAAAGAUGCUAGAAAACAUCCCACAGAACGUUUGCUACUAUUGGGAUAGACUUUACCCAACAAUUUGUAUCAAGAAAUAA